AAUUUGCAACUUGGAGACGGCACCGGUGGCAGAACUAAGAAUCCAGCUCCCAGCCCCCGAGCCACCAGCUCUGCAUGGCGCUAACUCUCCUUCUGCCCGUGCUGGCCUGUCUCCAGAUCCUCCCCCGGCCGGCGGCCCCCGCAGAUGAAGCUUCCCUGAAGCCAUUGCUGACCGUGAGCCCAGAAUAUUCCACCUACCGUGUUGGCAAUUCUGUUACCUUCACAUGCUUAACACCCAAAGGGCACCAGGCCAUGCAAUUCCAGUUUCUAAGGGAUGAAGCUGAAGUGGACUUUCCAGAGACCCAGAGUCAGCUUCUGCAUACCUACAAUCUGCCUAGUCUAAAUGUGCAUGACUCCGGGUCCUACCGCUGUAAAUACUGGCCACUUGGGCAGAAGAUCCCAUCCAAACUGAGUGAUCCUAUCACCCUAAAUGUCUACGACCGACCACCACCACCCUCACUCUCUCUGGACCCCCCCUGUCUUGAGUACCUGCUGGGGGAACAGGCAACACUCAGCUGCGUAGAUCCCGAAGUCGGGGAGGUGACGGGAUACAGAUUCUACAAUGAAAGAAGUGGGGACAACUCCACCUAUGCCCCUGACCCAAGUAGGGGAGCCAAACUGGUCUUCCUUGCACUUCACAUGGCUGAUGCUGGACCAUAUAUAUGCAAAUACUGGAGAGCACAGAAUGGGCAAGAGAUACUGUCGGUGGGAAGCCAACCAGUCUCUGUUUCAGUGCUGGAACCUCCUUCCCAACCGGCACUGAUCCUGGAUCCCCCGUCUGGAGUGAUUAAGGAAGGGCUCCCCCUGCUGAUCACCUGCAUGGCCCCCAGGGACACCGGUGAGCGAAGGUUCCACUUCUACAAGGAUGGAGUUGAGUUCAUCCCUGGGAACACACCAUCUCAGAUCAACACCACAGGGCCAGCGUCUGGCUCUAUGAAUGUCUCUGUGCUCAGCAUCCCACGGGCUGGUCCCCACAGCACUGGGAAAUUCACCUGCGGGUAUGAGGAGAAAGUGUGCCAGAAGUGGGUCCAGUCCCCCAGGAGCCAGGCUGUGAACAUCACCGUGACAGUCUCUGCAGCAGAUAAAGUUUUCCUGCUCCGGUUCCUGGUAGUAGGUGGUUCCUUCUUCAUCAUCAAUGGCCUCAUCUUCCUCAUCUCCCACUGCUGCCUGUAGCA